CGCUUCUCAGACCCACAGUCUCUGGAAGAUGACUUCAAACCAGCCCCCUGGGGGGACUGGGUGCCCCUGGUGGACCAGUGGACCAAUCAGGAGGCCAGGACUGGCAGCUCAUUACCAUGGGAGGGAGGGGAGGCUCCUCCACUCCCCCCUCCUUCCUCCCUCGCCUCUUCCUUACCAGCUCCUCUCCUCCAGGGUCACACUGAGCCCAGGCUACUUUCAGCAGACACCAACAGACCCCACAGCAGCUCCAGGAGCCCAGGUUCCAGUGGCCAGAGAGAAGACCCAGGAGCUGCCUGCAGCCAUGUCAGCUCUCAGCCUGGUCAUUCUGGGCCUGCUUAUGGCAGUGCCACCUGCCAGCUGUCAGCAAGGCCUGGGGAACCUGCAGCCCUGGAUGCAGGGCCUUAUUGCCGUGGCUGUGUUCCUGGUCCUCGUCGCAAUUGCUUUUGCUAUCAACCACUUCUGGUGCCAGGAAGAGCGGGAGCCCAUGAACAUGGUCAUGACCACUGGAAACAAAGCAGAUGGGAUCCUGAUUGGAACUGAGGGCAAGUACUCCUCGAUGGCCGCCAGCUUCAGGUCCAAUGAGCAUGAGAAUGCCUAUGAGAACACCUCGGAGGAGGAGGGCAGGGUUCACAGCACCCCGAUGUGACCCCUGCUUGCCUGUGAUGGAUGGCCUGCGCCACCCAGCCCCCUCCUUCUCUAUACCAGAAUUGCAGUAAGGAGCCAAAUCCUCCAACCCCCACAUCUGCCUUGUCCUAGCCAAGGUCGGAGCUCAGACUGUGACCAGGCUGGGGCUCAGCUGUGGCCCUGGGGUCCUGGGGGUUGGUCUCCUACCCAAUUCAACUCAGAAGACCCUCCAUCCUGACUCACAUCUCCUGCUCCCUGACCCUGGCAACAGCCCCUAUUUCUGUGAAAUAAAGACAAGCCACAGUU